CACAGGAUCUGCACUGACUGAGAGUGUGUUUUCUCUGUUCAUGACAGGCACAUUUUUUUUCCUUUCUGCAGUGGAGGCGUCUUCGGUAUGUUUUGGCACAGAUGUCGGGGUCUUCAUAAAGCUCCGGAGUUACUGUAGAGCUCUCAGAAGGGGGCUGUUGAAUUUAACGGAUCACAGUGAGAAGACUGGAGAUUUGUCUUUUUUUUUUUGGAAGGGGGGGGGUCUGCUCGCUUCAGCUACCUCACAGAUUCAAGUUUCUCACCCAGGCUCUUUUUAAACUAAUGCCGUCGUAUUACAUGACAUAGGCGACUCCAACAACUUCUGCUUCUCUGACCGUAACUUCUCCUACUUGAACGUGCAAACAUGAACCAAGGAAACGUAACCACGGUUCGACCAGACGACUGCAAAACGCCUGAGCCGCUCACAUAUAACGUCCUGUCUUGGGUGAUGAUUGGGGAGUUCAUGCUGGGUCUGCCGCUCAACCUGUCAGUCCUGUACAUCUUCAUCUUCAGGUUCAAAUUCUGGAAGAACAAAAGCAUCUUCUUGUUCAACAUUGUGGUGGCUGACUUCCUGCUGGUGGCAUGUCUUCCAUUCAAGGCCUACCACUAUCAGCAGGGGAACCGUCGCAGCGAGAACAGCGUGGUGUGCAAGACCAUGCUCUUCAUGCUGUUCCUGAACCGAGGGGCCAGCAUCGCCUUCCUCAUCACCCUGUCGCUCGAUCGCUACUUCAACGUCGUCCACCUCGGGAAGAGGAAUUUCGUCAAAGUGUUGAAGAAAUCCCCUCAGAUUUCCAUCGUCAUCUGGCUCCUCCUGCUGCCCCUUACCAUCCCCACCAUGGUUACCACAUUCGAGUGUUGUAACAGCCACGGUCGCGAGCACGAGACCCCCGCGCACGAUGUGACCGACACCUUCAGAGAGAUUGUCUAUUUCAGCCAGAUCGUCAUCCCCUUCAUCAUCCUGGUCUACUGCACGGUCCGCAUCGUCAACCGGCUGAGGAAGAAAACCGUCGGGGAGAAAACCAAGCUGAGGCGAGCGGUGUGCGUGGUCCUGUCCGUGGUGGUGGUCUUCUCCAUCUGCUUCCUGCCCAGUACUUUGGCCCGGGUCGCUCUGCUGGUCGUCAGGCUGAAGAAAUGGCAGGAUGCCGAGAACGUGGUGGUCCAGAUCUACGACAGCCUCAUGGUUCUGUCGUACAUCGACUGCCUGCUGGACCCGCUGGUGUACUGCUUCUGUAAUUCGGGGUUUAAAGACGCUUACGUAUCCAACUUCUGUCCUUCCAUUCUUCAGAAGAGGCUGCUCAAGGCAGACUUUGGUUUGGGAACGACAACUGUGACAACGACCACCUCUGGUGUCAGGACCGUUACUUUACCAAUACUCGAGAAAUGAGUAGUUUUUUUGUUUUUUUUUCCUUUUAUGAUUAUUUACAUGUGUUAAACCAGAUGAACUUCUUCAUAGUCCUAAUAACUGUUGGAGAAAGUACCUGCAGGAACUGAGGCCUUUUCUUCUGUAAAUAUACUUCAAAGGUCUUUUUUACCUGCACAAGAAGAUCCACGAGAGACUUAAGUGUUCAUUGACUGGUCCAGACGAACAUUAGAUGAAGCACCUUAAACAGCAUCGUUGAAAAAGGCGUGUAGUUGAAAAUCCGGUUAAGUUGUGACGUUACUUCCUACUUCCUUAUCCAUUUCUGUUCAUUCGUCUGUAUUAAGGGUUCCUACAGGUUUCUACAAGUUCAAUGUAACACUUUUUAAGACCUUUUCAAAACUAUUAGAGGGUCAAAACACAUUAACGUCCUGUCAGAGAGCAAACUUUUAUUGAUUGCCAUUCCAACAUUUAUGUCAAUAUAAAGUAGCUUCUUCUUUUGAAUAAUCCCUUAUGGUCCAACUAAAGCAGCACUA